GACAGCAGCCGAGCAGCACUGCAGUGAGCUGCAGCUCUGUCUCUGCUCGCUGUCUUUGGUUCUCCUCGACGACUUCUCCCCGUUUCCCUGAUUUUUAUUCGUUCAUGUUCCUCCCCAGGAAUUUGCACCGAAAGAUAAUCCCUAAAUGCCAGCCCCCCUCGCCCGCUGGGAGGACAGCUGGUGCGGUGAUAACAUUGGAGUCGGGGUUGCCCUUGACUUGGGCAGGAGUUAGGAGGAGCAGGGGACGACGAUCAUGCAACCUGAUGAAAGAAGUGACAUUAUUGCGGCUGUGUGAUCUGCAUCGGCAGGGCUGUCAGGGAUGCUCUGUGAAUUAAUGUCAUCCCUGCUCCCGACCCAGGAGCACCAGCGUCCUGCUGAAGCAAGCAUCUGCAGGGAGCCCUGGCCCCGGAGCUCCGCUGGCCGAGCAGAGGAGGCCUGAGCGGUCUCCACCUCCGGAUUAUGGUGGAUGGUGGCAGAAGAAAAUUGACUGAAAAUGAUGGCCGACCACGAGGAAGCAGAGCUGUCCGAGUCCCUUCAGAAGGAGGAUGGGUUUUCCAGCGAGGUGGAGGAUCCAGGUACGAACUUCAAAUCAAAAAGUUUGCCUGUUUUAAGCGAAGCUGCAUCUCAGGAGAAAACCUUACUGGCGAGCUCAGUGCGGAUGUCCAUAACGGCCGAGGAGAGCACAGAGUUCAUCCAGAUCCCGCCCAACACUGAGUCGUUCCAGGCCGAGUCCCCAACGAGAGCAAACUACCCGCCAAAGCCAGGGAAGUCGGCGCUGAAUAGGCCGACCUCGUACAUGGAGAACACGGAGAUCCGAAGGAGUAAACACAUGGCUAGGAGGAAGCCCCCGGGGUUUUUCGCAGCCAGGCUAGCUCAGAUUCGUCUGCCCAGUCGGAAGCACCUUGGCGUCAUCUUGCAGGACUCUCGCUGCUUCCUGUUCUGCAUGUGCUACCUGACGUUCAUCCAGUCGCUCAUGGUGUCUGGCUACCUCAGCAGCGUCAUCACCACCAUAGAGAAAAGGUACAGCUUGAGGAGCUCAGAGUCCGGCCUGCUCGUCAGCUGUUUCGACAUCGGGAGCCUCCUGGUGGUCGUCUUCAUCAGCUACUUUGGUGGGCGGGGCCAGAGGCCUCGCUGGCUGGCAGUGGGGGGCAUUUUCAUCGCUGUGGGUGCUGCCCUAUUCUCCUUACCUCAUUUCAUCUCCCCGCCCUACCAGAUCCAGGAGGUCAACUCAUCUUCGGCCAACGAGGGCCUGUGCAUGAAUAGCAAUGCCAGCAGCAGGGAUCGCGUUGACAUCACUUCCUGUCCCAGAGACCAGGAGGGCAACGAGCACAACCUGUACGUCGCGCUGUUCGUCAUCGCUCAGAUCCUGGUUGGCAUGGGGUCCACGCCCAUCUACACGCUGGGGCCCACCUACCUGGACGACAAUGUGAAGAAGGAGAAUGCCUCGCUGUAUCUAGCCAUCAUGUACGUGAUGGGAGCGCUGGGACCAGCAGCUGGCUACCUGCUGGGUGGAGUCCUCAUCGGCUUUUACGUGGACCCCAAGACUGUUGUCAACAUCGACCAGAGUGAUCCCCGCUUCAUUGGAAACUGGUGA